AUGUUCACCUGCAUCUCAUGUAGAGUCGCCUUCGAUACGGCUGGAGAGCAGCGUUCUCAUUUCUCAACCGAUUGGCACCGUUACAACAUGAAGCGUCGAGUAGCCAACCUACCCCCAGUGGCGGCCGAAUCAUUCAACGAAAAAGUCAUCGAGAGAAGGGAGCAGAACGCUGUCAGAACUGAUCCGAGGAGUCUUUCGUGCUCAUCCUGCAGCAAGAACUUCUCGUCUGAAAACGCAUUCAGAUCACAUAUACAGUCCAAAAAACAUCGUGAUCGAGAAGCACAGCAAGUCACCCACAUCUCCCCAUCAAAUCCUCACAUCGAGCCCUCUAGCAUCAGUGUAGUAGUGAACGAUCACGCUGCAUCUUCACGAAAAACCGCACAGCUGGAGUCUGACGAUGACGACAUUGGCGAAUCAUCAGACUCUCAGAGCGAAGACCACGAUGAAGAGGAAGAAGGAGACUUUGCGGAGCGAAUUGCUAAAGCUCGUCGACGCAUUCAACCCACUGAUUGUCUGUUCUGCCAACGUAAUCAAGACUCUAUCAACGAUAACCUCAUGCAUAUGGCAAAAUUGCACAGCUUCUUUAUUCCUGAUCAAGAUAUUCUUAUUGAUAUAGGAGGACUCUUAUCUUACUUGGGCGAGAAGGUGGCUAUAGGAAAUUUAUGCCUUUACUGUCCAAACGGAGGACGUGAGUUUGGGAGUUUAGAAGCCGUAAGGAAACAUAUGACGGACAAGGGACACUGCAAACUUGCGUAUGAAACAGAAGAAGAUAGAGCGGAGCUUGCGGACUACUAUGAUUUUGGUGGAUCUCAGGAUGAAGAAUGGGAGGAUUUGGAAGGAGACGAUAGCCUGGAUGGUGUUCAAGCACAACAUCAUGAUGAGACGCAUCAAUCGCAUCGACAAAUAACGCUGGCAUCUGAUGGGUUGUCUUUGUCACUGCCAUCAGGUCGAGUAUUGGGCCAUCGUUCGCUUAAAGUGUACUAUUCGCAACGUCUUCGUCCUUUCACUGCCCGAGAUACAUCUGCAUCAGUUAAUGCUUCCAAGGUUGCUCAUAUUCGAGAGCGUUUAGCUGAUCCAUCUCUCGCGUUGGUCCCAGUCGCUGGUGGACACGGUGCUUUCGGCCGAGGUCAACAAUUAAUGAAAGCGCGCAAUGCGGGAGAAGCUAAGUGGGCCAGACGUCAAGGUCGGUCAUUCAAGGACCAACGAGUCAAGGAAGAUUACAAGACUAAGGUAGGAUUUGUGCACAAUAGUCAAAAACAUUUCCGAGAUCCCCUACUGCAAUAA